AUGGCCCAGUUUGUUCCACGCAAUGCAUUCCCCCAUUAUGGGGCCAUUCCGAGGUCCUAUUUCUUAGGACACCACAGGGCUGGUCUGACCAAGAUGAAGAGCAUGCUCUCAACUAUCGACUAUGUUGUUGAGUGUCGUGACUACCGAGCCCCCGUGACCUCGAUCAACCCCAUGUUCGAAGAAGCUUUGGGCAAGAUGCGACGACUGGUCGUUUACACUAAGAGAGAUCUGGGAAGUAUUCCCAAAUCAUCCACCCAGAAAAUAACAGAACGCAAAUUGCAAAGUUUCGAUCCAAAGAGCGCCGUGUUCUUCACCAGCUCAUCCUCCCGUCCAGAUGUCAGCCAGAUCAUCAAACACCUUCGAAACGAUGCCGAAGCUCCCGAUAAGUUAGUAGGCUGUCGAGUGUUAGUUGUCGGAAUGCCCAAUGUUGGCAAGUCAACACUGAUCAACAACCUGCGCAACUCAGGCACGGGCAAAGCCAAGGCUUUGAAAACCGGACAGCAGCCCGGUAUCACGCGCAAGGUAGCCACGCAGGUGAAAAUCAUUGACCGCGAGAACGGGUCACAUGUCUACGUUCUGGACACGCCGGGUGUGUUCAUGCCGUAUGUCCCGGACGCGGAGAAUAUGCUCAAGCUGGCUCUCUGUGGCUGUGUCAAGGACAAUGUCAUUUCACCGGUCACUCUCGCCGACUACUUGUUAUAUCAUAUAAACCUGAAUGAUCCGACAGUAUACCAGCGGUGGUCGGAACCAACAAAUGAUGUUGUUCCGUUAAUUGAAAGUUUUGCGCGCCAAACAGGCCUGCUGGCAAAGGGCGGAGUGCCGAUGAUGGAUGGGGCCGCACUUCUUUUUAUACAAAAGUGGAGGCAAGGAGAGCUAGGUCGAUUUUUGGUGGACGACUUAGAAGCAGAGGAACAACGACGGGAAGACCCUACACAACCACCGCGCAUGAGCAUGACGCAGGCCUUGAGAGCGGAAAGGACAACUCGAAAGAGCAAACCACAUGCGACUAGCGAUCUGUAA